UUAUUCCCCCUACGCAAGCAGAUCACCACGAGCUCGCCUCCGCCUCGUCUCCCCUUCCAAGGCGAUUAGGGUUUCGCCCAAAUUCCGGCGGCGCGCCUUCCCGUCCCUGGCCCCUGCUCCUCCGCUCUCCGCCGUGAAGGCCCCCCCCCCCCACCCCGCACCCCCCUCGUCGUCGCCUCUCCGCCGUGAAGCCUUCCACCGUCGGAGGCGGGCCAUUACCUACCUUGGAGGACGAGGGGAUUCCCACCCUAGGGUUCGUGCGUCCGCGCCUUGCGUAUUUGUAUUUGGUGAAAGAUGGAGAUACAAACUUCAGGGAAGCCCAUCGAUCUUCUAAUGGAGAAGGUUCUUUGUAUGAACAUUCUGUCUUCUGAUUACUUCAAGGAGCUCUACAGGCUGAAGACCUAUCAUGAGGUCAUUGAUGAAAUAUACAAUCAAGUUGAUCAUGUGGAGCCUUGGAUGACUGGCAAUUGCAGGGGCCCAUCCACUGCAUUCUGUCUCCUCUACAAAUUCUUCACAAUGAAGCUUACCGUCAAACAGAUGCAUGGUUUGUUGAAGCAUCCUGAUUCCCCAUACAUCAGAGCUAUAGGGUUCCUGUAUCUUCGAUAUGUUGCAGAUCCAAAGAACUUGUGGACCUGGUAUGAACCCUACUUGAAGGAUGACGAGGAAUUCUCCCCUGGAUCUAAUGGUCGCAUGACAACCAUGGGUGUCUAUGUGCGUGAUCUUAUUCUUGGACAGUACUACUUCGAUAGUCUUCUUCCAAGAGUUCCUCUUCCAGUGAUUCGUCAGGUGACAUCCAAUCUUGAGAAGAUGAAGUUGCCCACAAAGCUUUCUGGGACGACUGGAGAUUCCAGUCGUCAUGGAUCAGAAGAUACUGCCCGCCGACCUCCUUCUGUGAAGGCUUCACUGUCAGUUUCCUUUGGACAGCGUGCUCCACAUCGUGCAUCCACACGCGAGUCAUCUCCAGUUCGGCGGACAGUCACCCAUGAUGACCAUCAUAGAUCUUCCUCGCCAUCUCGUCGUAGUGGAAGCCGCGAAGUUCCUGACCGUGACCGCUCAAGCCGUGACCGUGACCGUUCAAGUCGUGACUACGAUCGUUCAAGCCAUGAGCGGGACCGUUCGAGUCGUGACUAUGACCGAUCAAGCCGUGACCGGGACCAUGACAGAGACAUCAGAGACUACCAUCGGCGUGAUCAUGAUAGCAGGGACCGUGACUACAGGUCUAGGCAUUCAUCAUCGGAAAGACAAGAUGACCGAAGGGACCGUGAGAGUAGCAGGCACAGACGUUCCAGCUCUCGGCACAGGAGCAGAAGCCGGAGUCGCAGCCGGAGCAGGAGCCGCGCAAGGACUGAGGAGAGAUCCAGCCCUUUUGGAGACCCGGGCAAAGAGAAGACUGCUGCCAUCUCGAGCAACCUAGCAAAGCUCAAGGACUUGUACGGUGAUAUAGCUGAGAAGAAGGACGAAGGUGAAGCCCCUCGCCGUGAUUCGUGCGCGGAGGAGGUUAUCAGGCUGGGCGGUCCAAGAUGGAGAUAGAAUUUGGUUGUGUGACCAUAUUGUUUCGCAAGGAAGCUUACGUUGUCAGAACAAUUGUUUCUUCUGCCAACUUGGUUGGGUCUUAAAACCUUGUUAAUAUUACCUCCGUUGCGAAAUAAA